AUGGAGACCGUUCGAAACAUCCAGAAUCCGAUACCGCCAGUAAUGCUUCAACCAUCAAAAUGGCUCUCGCUCUAUGAAGACUUCGUGACUAAAAACUCCAGCUCGGUUGGGCAGGUUGAGUCGGCCUUGAGGUCCUUGACAUAUAUCAUUCCUGGGAGAUAUCGUGAAUCGGAAAUACCUUCAGAAUGCGUGCAUUCGGGAGUACAACUGCUUUCGUUAUACCAUGAUUCCCUUGUCUCUCGAGUAAUCUCCCAGCUGCCUUCAACAGUGCCCCGGCCACCGCCAACUCCUCAUGCCCGAUAUACUAAGUAUUGGACCGGACGCUCUCCGCUGUAUCGUCGAGUAGCCCUUGCGCUCCAGAUGCUUCAAUAUACAGAACUCCUUUGGGAAAUGACAGCUCGCAAACGUGGACAAAAGACUCGAUGGCGUGUGGUUGUGUUUCUUGAAUUUGCUAAGGCAGUCUGUCGUCUUCUGCUUCUUCGAUUGACAAACUCGCGGCCCUUGGUCAGCCCUCCAUUGCCAGAGCGCGAGGUUGAUCCUAGGACCACAGAGGAGGAAGAUGACCAGACCGACUGGAAUGGCAUGCAGACCCCAGUCAGCGAGCGAUCAUCGGAUCUGACCUGGACGAUGCCCCGCACGGGCCUGUCUCUCCCGUCUCUUCCAGACGUGAAUGACGUUUCAAAUUAUCUCAUUUCCAAAGUUCUCACGGCAGAUGAUAUCAAGCCUCCGAAGACCUUGCUGCACCGAGUCACUGGACAAGGACAGUUGGCGGAGGUCUUGUAUAUCCUGCGGCCCGUUGUCUACGCGUUGGCUAUGCAGAGAUGGAGCGGGGACAAACGCAGCUGGCGGCCUUGGUUGAUCGGGUUUGGAAUGGAGUAUGGCUGCCGACAGCUUGCAAAGCGUGACUUCCGUGAGCGAGUUGCUGGUGGCCUUCGGGGACUCACUGGGCUCGAACGUGAGGAACUGAGGAAGCGUGGUUGGUCAAUGGGCUGGUGGCUGAUGCGUGGCGCGUUUUAUGAGAACAUCACCAAAUCCUGGCUUCACAGCAUCACUGGCAAGAUGAAAGGCAAGCCCCUUCUGGACUUGGUGGGCAGCGUGGUGGAGGACUACGAAUACUUGUGGGACAACUAUUACUUUUCAACGGCCACCUUGUGA